AUGGGGGGGGAAGUCAAAAUCAUCAACGCCUACGGUCCAUCUGAAUGCACGAUAGCCAGCACAAUGGCGGUCUAUGGAGUGGACUUGACUAAAAUAGUGAACAUUGGCCAAACCUAUGGCCUGAACGCCUGGAUUACAUCAUGCAAUCAGCCGAACAAGCUGGAUCCCAUCGGUGCCAUUGGAGAGCUUGUCCUCGAAGGGCCCUUGGUUAGAGGGGGGUACUUGAAUAAUCCUGAAAAGGCAGCCAGCGAAUUCAAAUCAAAUCCUCCCUGGCUAUCUCGGAUUGAUGGUGAUUUGAUCGCUCAUGGCCAGCGGGGGCGAUUGUAUCGAGCGGGUAAUUUGGUGAGUUGGAACAGCCAUGGCAGACUGAUAUUUGCCGGCCGAGCGGAUACGCAACUCAAGAUCCGUGGGCAGCGUGUGGAAUUAGGAGCCAUUGAAUUCCAUAUCAGGCAGUUCCUUAGCCCUCCGUUCAUGUUAGUGGCCGAAGUCAUCCAAAUAAGCACCACCAAAGACUCUGGAUACAGCUCCCAGAGGUUGAUGGUGAUUUUGUCGUCUCACAACCGGAAGGAGGAUGUGGAUGUUGCUACUGAAGGAUGGAAGCGCUUUACAAAAGCAAAGCAUGAAGAGAUAAAGAGGCAUCGUACGCAAGCCCUCCCAUCAUAUAUGGUUCCCUCGUCCAUCUUAGAGUUAGAUCGGAUCCCACUUAUGCCUUCUGGAAAGAUUGAUUGCAAGAGGCUCCGAGAACUUGCAGUACACGCCAAGUUGGAGGAGAGUGAGCAAACUGGAACUAGUCGAGGAGCCGCAGACAGACUUGACGGAUUUCAGCGAUAUGCCAUUCGAUCUGCUUUCGCGCAACCUGGCACUGAAUGGAACUAUUUCUCCAUGAGAUUCAGUGGCCUUACCGACACCAGGAAUUUGACAAACCUCUGCCAUCAGCUCGUAUCGUCACUCGAGAUACUGCGAUGUGUUUUCCUACCUCAUGACUAUGGUGGUCAAUACAUCCAGGUUUUUUUACAUGCCUUGGCAACAAAGGUCACUGUUAUCCGUAAUUUUGAUGAACCAUUGGAAGAAGCAUGUGCGAGGGAUUGUUUGACUGAACUAAAAGAGAAACUUAUCCCCGGCUCACCCUUUGCCAAGUUCUUCAUUUUCCAGUCCCCAAAGCAUAAUAUGUGUCAAUUGGGGAUGGGAAUUUCCCAUGCUCUCUACGAUGGAAUCAGUCUACCGCAAAUGGCUGAACAUAUUGGCGCGCUCUAUGAUGGCCGACCAGUCCCAGCUGUUGGUCAAUUCUCUUCUUACAUGAACUCGAUCACUUCUGCCACUUCCGGCUUUUCUCGGGUAGCUUCUUGUGCCCACUGGCGCUCCCUGUUACAGGACGCACCCGUCCCAACCAAUAUAAUUUCCAAUGAUUCCAGAACUUACGCCCGGAAAGCAAAUACGCAUGUUCAGCGAGGUCAAGCUUUCUCGUCCCCCAAAUGUGCCACUGCGGGAACGAUGUUUCCUGCUGCAUGGCGUGUAGCACUUGCCCGGGUUACUGGGGGAAAUGAUAUCGUGUUUGGUCGUGCUGUCUCCGGGAGGACAUUAACCUCCGCCACUGCAGACCAUGAGAGCGUUAUCGGGUCAUGCUUGAACCUUGUACCUGUGCGGGCGAAGCUUUCAGACUUUGGUUCUGUUAGUCGAUUCACUACCGCGGACAAGUCCCAGAUCAUAGAAUCGCUUCAGUCCCAAUUCAUCGACUCCAUCUCCCAUGAGACCACUGGACUGGCUGAAAUCGCGAGAUAG